UCGACCCGCAGACUUAGCUUAGCAGGCCAAGCUGGCAACCUCUGUCAUACAACGAGAAGUAUUUAAGUCAUCCAGUUACUCAUUUGGGGUUCAACGAGACAAGUAGACUCGGUAUUAAUUGCUGGAAUGUCGGCUGUUCGCAGUGCAUUAUUCCAGCAGUCAUGCAAGCCGCCAUUUUGGACUGUCCCCCGACGCCGCCAGUUUACAUCUAACAACUCGUGCAACUUGUAAGAGGAAAAAAGUCAUUUAAUUUCGAUAUUUGGUUGGCGAAAUCAUCCAGAUCGAGACACAAGUGGACGGUCGCAUACCACAGAACCUUCAAUGGGCGUGGCGCCCUUGGGAGCGAGUGACCCAGCCCCCUUGUAAAUUGUAUAAUUUCCUCAAAACCUACGCCAACGUCAACUUCGAAACUCCGAAUUCAUCGACAUAGCGCGCACUUCUACGUCAAGAGCGGAGUUGAACACAGGACGUCACCGUGACGUAGACGUGCCUGCACGACGAAGGCUAACCGCCCAGUACGCAUGCGCCGUGUGGAUUACUGUUGAUAACCGUGCUGGUUUAUGUAAACAAUCCCAAAUAGCUGGCGGUGGACUCAUCCUGCAGGAAAGCAUGUCCUCUUGUGUGCUGCUCGCCGUCUUGUUCAGCUUCCCUGUUUCUCUGGGCUCGAUUUCAUUUGGCGAUCGAGACGAAACCCAGACGGUGUGUGCCGGAAAAGAAUUUCGCCUUCCAGUAUACUCAACAUUCAGUACUGUGACAUUCACGCCAAAUACUCUUGGACAGAGGCGCGUGCUGCUGGAAAAGACCACAGUGAAGGAUACUCGAUUCGAGUGGACCCGAGAUAAGAUGCUUGUCCUGAAAGAAGUGACUCGUGAGGAUCAGGGUGUUUAUGCCAUCAAGCUGUCAUCCGGCUUCACCUAUGAAACCGUUCGUCUGAUUGUUUCAGAAUGCAUCAGGUCGUACCAUAGAAAUUAUGGGGAAAACUUUGACCACAGCAUUCCAGAAAAUGGCUCUGUGCUUGAAUUCUCCCCCCGCGGCGCUCCAUCUGAAGCUAUGCCUGUUGUUCUGUGGAACCGGACGGCCUCGGACACCAGCACACUUGGUAGAGGCAGGUUGCUGCGCGGUGGCAAGGUUUGGGUGGCUGAGAGAGUCACACAAGCAGACCAGGGCAACUACACUGUAAGGGAUUUUCAGGGAAAGGCCCUGUUACGAAGCACCCUUGCUGUUCACGGGCACACUUUCAAUGUCACUCGAUUUACCAAAGAAUCCUUAAACCUGCCCCUCUUUCUUCCUCUCCAUAAUGCCCAUCUCAUCUUUACCCCAUCCCGUCAUCCUGAUGAAUCCUCACUGGGUCCGUUUGACCCCAGACCUCCACGUGGCCCCAUACAGCUGAUGAGUGAGGGCCACAUUACAGAUCACGACAUGCGCUACAGGGGACUUGUAUCCGUGGGAAGAAAUGGUUCUCUCAACGAGGUUGUCAUCGCAAGGCUGACUUCAAGACAUGUUGGCACGUACGAGAUUAGAGACUUGGAUGGCAACCUUGUAUCUUCAACCUCACUGCAAGUCAUUGAUAAAGGGGGCAAAUGGCGAGCCAUUUUAAAGUCCAUUACUGUGCCCUCUGGUAUGUUUGUGUCCCUCGCUGGAUUCAUUUUGUUUAUGAAGCGCUAUCCAACCUGCAGUUUGUCGCAAAUCAUCACUGGAAUCAGACCAAACCGCACCCCACAAGCUAACCCACCAAAUGUCAACAUCCAGGACUACAGCCACUCAGCACCACAGCCAUCUAAUUAUUACAGUCACCAGCAUCCUGGAACACCAAGGAAAUGGACCCCACGGCCGAGUCCUGCUCAUGUUGGCUACACAUCGGUCAUGGAAGGAAGCCCAUCUCACCAUUCCCCUGCUCAUGCCAGAGCUGACAUUCAACUCGGACCCACUGUGGGAGCCGGCGGUUCUCCAGCCCGAAAUUCAUCAACUAUGGUUCCACCAAGUGAGGAAGAUCCGAGCAUUUCAUUUUCUCUGCCGGGGGCAUCCAACUGCCUGCAUUCAUCUGAAGACUGUGUUCAGUUCCAGAUUAAGACAGCUACAAAUAAAGAGAGACAAAGGGAUUCACAACCCUUUUUCUCCCAACUACCGCUGGACACUGACACUUCUGAAUCCUGCAGUGUUUAUGUUUCAGAGAAGCUAAACUUCUUAUAGACUGCUGAGGGAGAACAAGGGGAUGAAGAACUUUACUUGUGUGCCUUUUGUAUUUAGGUCAAAUCCACAUCAUUCUUGCAUGCAUUUUUACUGUUAUGGUCUAUUUUCAACCUGCACGUGAAGAAUAGAGUCUCCCAUAUCGCUUGUUUUGUUGACGUCAUUUCGUAUCAGCUGUUGUCUACCUCCAGACUCUCAGGACCACUACAAUCUGCACUGUAUAUACAGCCAAUGUUUGGUGCAUUUGCAUAAGACUGUGAACAUGUGAAAAAACAUAUGCAAUCGAGGCACUCUGUCAUUAAAGUUUCAUGGUGUGAAUUAGCAUUAUACAGUCGAAACAAUCGUGUUGUGAAUAUUUUUGCUAAAAUUAAUACAUUUUCGUGUACCUUUGUCUUUUUGCUGUGCAGGUAACCAUGAAAUGUAUAUAUUAUGUGAAAUGAUCUGAUAACAUCCUCUGUGAGAUUUGGGUCCAUGGACUUAGAUGUUUGCAAUAACAAAUUCAAUAUCUUAAUAAUAAAGAU